AUGUUAAAAUUUUAAGUCCGUAUAAAUGGAUAAGUCUUUGAUUUUGAAAUACCUAAAAAUGCAACAAUCGCAGAACUGAAGGCCAUAAUAGUAAAGCAACAAAAAGUAAUUUUUUAAUUCAAUUAGAUUACAGCUACAUUUGGUCUCUAUAUUUUCGGUCAACUCCUAUUGGAAGAAGGAACUGUUAAUAAGAUCAUCUACAAUUAUAAAACAGACAAUCUUGAAGUGAGAUUCAAAGAGAAACCAUAAGUGCCAAAGUUCCAACACUUUUAUAAUUAAGCCAAAUCUCUAGUGUUGUUGAAGACUAUUGUGUCAACAAUAAAGUUUUUAGAUAAUUUGAAAGAACUCAAGAAGUAAAGGACUCAAGAUUCAGAUAAAGUAAGUAAUGUGUUUGGUUCAUUCGAAAAGGAACCAAAAUUAAUCAAACAUAAUUCUUCUAAUUUACUUACUAAUUUUCCUGAUAGAGUCAAAGAACUACCAAUGUUGAGUCAUAUCAAAAUGUAGGAAGAUGAUCAAGUAAGAAAUCAAAAUAAUGACACUGUGUUAAAUAUCCUAAAUAAUAUGAUUAAUGAGGAACAAAGAGAAAAUCAUCAUAAAAGGCAAAUCAAAUCUAAUAAAUAGAAAUAUCAAGCUCUUAAACUAAGUCCAUAAAAAGAGGAGUAUUUGAUUCGCAAACAGAAAGCCACCUCCUCAUUAUAGGAUCCAAAUGAAAGCUAAAAAGCAAAACUGCUUAUAUAGGAAAUGAAAAAAUAAAAAGAACUAUUACAAGUAAAACGAUAGGAACAUUUAGAUAAUAGUGCAGAAAAGAGAGGAUUAAUUUUGGAACAUUAGAAAGAAGAAAGAGAAAUAUUGAAGUAGUAGAUUACUUAAGCGAAAAGAAAUAGAAUUGUUGAAAGACUUAAUGAAAAUUAAAAGAAUCAUGAGUUAUUAACUUAAUUUAAUAAAUAAUCUUAAUAGUUGAUUAAUGAAUUAAAAAAUAGAAUGAAAAAACAUUAAGAUUCUCUUAAAGGCAAAGAUGAAUAAUUAAAAUAAAUCUAUUUUGAAGAUGCCAAAGUAACUGUAAUUUCUCUUAAUCUAGCUCAAACUUCAAGAGAAAAGGAAGCAAGCUUAACCAAUACGAUUAUCAGAAUUAAAUUAACAUGAGGAGCAUUAUUUAGAAAAUAGAGAAAUCCUUAAAUUACAAAGAGACUAGAAAAAAUUAGAAUGGGAAAUCAAAAUCAAAUCUGAAACCAAAUAGUUCUUUAAAGAUUAUAAGGUCUUGCAAGAAGUUAUGAAAAUUGAUCAAUAAGUGAAAAAUAAAGACAUUAUAGAAUUGAAGAAAAGAUAAGAAUUUAAAGUAAAAAAAUAAAAAUACUCUGAAAUCAUAUAAGAAUUUCAUAGACCCUCAAAUUUCACUAAAAAUUAUGGUUAAUAAUCGAUCAAUGAUAAUUCAAUCAAUGAGUCAAGAGAUUUUAAAUUAAAAUAAUUAAUAAGAUAUCGAAAUAAAUCCUAACUGUUAGAUUCAUUAGUGAAUACAGGAGUUAAAGCAAAAAGUAAUAAGAUAUACUAAGAUUUUUAGUGAAGAAAAUCUAAUCUGCAUUAGGUCAAUAGCAUAUAGCACCAAAAACUAAAAUUACAGAGAGUCUCUUAUAAGGCAAAGUGCCUGAACCUAGCACUUAUUUUCAUCUGAGAGUGCACACACCUUAGAAAAUAAUCAUUUAAGAAGGUUAAAUAAAAAAGUAGUAACCAGACUACUUAAGGGAAUUUGAAAGAGAAAGAAAAUCUAUGAGUCAAUCAGCUCUCCCAUCUCAUUUAUAAUUAAACAAGUAAUCAUGGUUAUUUAUACGAAAGGAAAUUGAGUGCUCAAUAAGAAAUACAACUGCUUUAGAAGUUAGAAGAUGAGGCAAAAAAGAAGGAAUAAUUAGCUUCGAUCAGUCAAAAUGACGAUUUACAAAUAGAAGCAACAGAUUUAUACUUAAAGAGUGUAUAGGCAAAAUUGUAAUUUUUGGAUAAGAAAUUAUCAAAUUUUUGA